AUGCAGCGGCUGCAAGCAUCGGGCUGUAGCCAGGGCCUGCGUUGCGUCCUGGGCGCACUGGGGGUACGCUCCAGUCGCCCUGGGCUCGGAAAGCGGCCUACCGCGGGGCUCUGCGUCCCUGGGCGCAGCCCCAGCCGCCAGGCCUCCGAUGCCCCCCUUAACCGGCCCCCAAGCUCUGAGUUCGUGGCCCGGUCCGUGGGCAUCUGCUCCAUGAUGCGCCUGCCGGUGCAGGCCUCCCCCGAGGGGCUGGAUGCUGCCUUCGUCGGGGUGCCUCUGGACAUCGGGACCUCCAACCGGCCUGGGGCGAGAUUCGGCCCCCGUCGGAUCAGGGAGGAAUCCGUGAUGCUGAGGUUAGUCAAUCCCAGCACAGGGGCCCUCCCCUUCCAGUCCCUCAUGGUUGCGGACAUGGGCGAUGUGAAUGUCAACCUUUACAACCUUCAGGACAGCUGCCGGCUCAUUCGAGAGGCCUACGAGAAAAUUGUAGCAGCUGGCUGUGUUCCUCUGACGUUGGGUGGAGAUCACACAAUCACAUAUCCCAUAAUGCAAGCGAUGGCUCAAAAGCAUGGCCCUGUGGGAUUGCUGCAUGUGGACGCACACAUGGACAUAGCGGACAAGGCCCUGGGAGAGAAGUUGUAUCAUGGGACACCCUUCCGCCGAUGCGUGGACGAGGGUCUCCUGGACUGUAAGCGGGUGGUGCAGAUCGGCAUCCGGGGUUCUUCCACUACCAUGGACCCCUGUAGAUACAGCCGCAGUCAGGGUUUCCGGGUAGUCCUUGCAGAAGACUGCUGGAUGAAGUCACUGGUUCCUCUGAUGGGGGAGGUGAGGCAGCAGAUGGGAGGCAAACCCCUUUAUAUCAGCUUUGAUAUUGAUGCUUUGGAUCCUGCCUAUGCCCCCGGGACAGGGACACCAGAGAUCGCUGGGCUCACCCCUAGUCAGGCUCUGGAGAUCAUCCGGGGCUGCCAGGGCCUGAAUGUGGUGGGCUGUGACCUUGUGGAAGUUUCACCGCUGUAUGAUCCUUCCGGAAACACGUCACUGCUGGCAGCUAACCUGCUGUUUGAAAUGCUAUGUGUUCUCCCAAAAGUCCAAGUUGUCUGAGCUUGCGUGCCUCAAGGGGAAAUGACCGAUGGCGUCACUGGCAGGUUCUCCAGAAUUCAUGAGCAAGCAGUCUGGGUACUA